GGAUAUCUCGAAGAUCAUCCCCACGCCUCGUCGGUCAGGCCUCCAUUGCUGCCACGUUCUUACAUGUUAUAAGUACGUCGACUUGGGGCCAUGGACCAGAUGGAAAGCUUUCCUUCCGACCACAAAUCAAUAUCGACAUUCUGCUCAAACAGCUCCCGAGAAAGAUAGACAUCCACAAUGUCAACCACAGCGACGGAGACAACUGCAUCUACAUCGGUGACACUCAAGAAUGACAGAACCGUCCGUGCAGCCUUCAACUACUGGGGUAAGACCUCACCGCCAGAGGUAGCGGAACUGCAUCCAAUCUUCUCAGGCACAUCCCCCAACCUGAAAACCGUCACAUGCACCGUCGCUGACAUUCGCACAUAUGGGCUAUCGACUUUCAACCUGUCGGACCACGCUUUUCAGAUAUUACAACACUCAUCCUCUCUGCUCUCUCCUGUGUCCCAGUCAAUUCCCGACUUCCACGAUGACUUAACAAUGAAGUCAACCUAUUGGCCCGAAAUCAUCUCACUGGUUAAAUCUCAACUGGGCGUCCGAAGUGCUGCUGCCAUCAACACGACGGUCAGAGAUGUCAGCGAGGUCAAUAACAUAAGUAGUUCCAAUCCACGGGCCAAUCCCAAGCAAAAGUUCUACCCCUUCACCUUUGUCCACGGUGACUAUACGCCCGCUGGUGGGAGAGGGCAUAUGAGGGCCAUGCUCCCCACCUUUUUCGAGGACAAUGGGAAUGUGAAGGGCACAACAGCAGAAGAGCAAGACCAGUUCCUACGUCUGAAGGAUGAGAUCCUCGCCGCGGAGCAGGAAGCGAUGAAGGAAGAAGGCGUGAGCGACCCAUGGCAAUGGAGUGGAAAGAACUACAGCGGUCCACGCUGGGGCAUGUUAAGUGUGUGGCGGCCUCUUCAAACUGUACAUCGGGACCCUCUCGCCGUCAUGGAUCCCAGGUCACUUUUCGAGGGUGUUGAGAAGCCUUACGUCGCCUUGAAGAGGCCGUACAAGGACAGACCAGGCUUCGAGAAGGAGUACUUCAGUGAGAAUCUGUUGCCGAUUGCGCCAGAAGGAAAGGAGCACAAGUGGUAUUGGAUCAGCGAGCAGACGCCUGAGGAGCUGUAUGCCUUGAAACUGUUCGAUAGUGAGGCGCAUAAACAGGGUAGUCGAGUCGCGCCGUGUGCUGCGCAUAGUGCGUUUAGGUUGCCGGGACAAGAAGAUCAGGAAGCGAGGAAGAGUGCUGAGAUCAGAGUCAUGGUCAUCUGGUAGGAAUGCGGAAAAGGGUGGACUACUUGAACUAUUUCGUUCAUCCUGUAUGCAUUCAUACCUCCUAUGUUACCUCGGUAAUAGUCAUUUCUCUGAAAGCCGCAGUGAGGAUGUGGUGGGGCUACGCCUGAAUGCACAUCUCAUU